AUGAACCAAAGACAUACCUCAUCUCCUGAAGCUUACAAGCUUUACUAUCUCAACCAAGCACAGCAAAGAGGUGAUGGACCAUCCUCGCCUUUUUUUGGUGGAAAGCUUUUUCAGAGAGGUUAUGGACAGUUGGAAGACGAAAUAUCGCUUAUUCACCCCAAAUCAUAUGAGUGCACCAUUGAUGAGUUGGAUCUGUUUACCAUAAGUCCUACACAAAACAGCGUUUUAAAGAAAGUUGAUGUGGAAUUUCGCCCCCUUUCUACGUUGAACAGUAAUACACCUAUAGAAUUCAGUAUACCAGGAAAUGAAGACUGCAUACGCUUACCACACACCCAGCUUUAUGUUGCGGGUACUAUAAAACAUAAGGAUGGCACCGCCUUGGAGGCGAACGAAAGGGUUGCACCAGUAAACAACUUUCUUCAUAGUCUGUGGAAACAGAUCGAUGUAUUUUUUGGUUCGCCACGAGUUUCUAAUCCUACGAAUACUCAAUCGUACAAGGCCUACCUCGAAACAGUACUUAACUUUGGCACAGGGGCGAAAGGAUCUCAACUUCAAACGAGCAUGUGGAAUGAGGAUACAGCAGGAUCUUUUGAUGAUACCCGAGUCGCAGCUGAAGGAACAAACAAGGGUUUUAAGAAAAGAAAUGACCUGAUCAAAGAAUCCACUGAAUUUGAAAUGAUAGCCCCCCUGUUUGUCGAUGCCUUUACGAUUCGUAAAUAUCUUCUAAGUUUUGUGGGCAUGAAAGUAAAACUCAUUCCAAGCAGUCCCGAAUUUUGCCUUAUGUCUGGAGCAACGGGCAAGGAAUAUGUGAUUAACCUAACCUCGGCCGUAUUGAAAGUUCGCAAAAUGGAAAUAGCCCCUCACAUCAUCAUGGCGCACGAAGCAGCCCUCAUGAAAUCUCCUGCCUGUUAUACUAUCCGUAGGACUGAAUGUAAAGCUUUUACCAUUCCAGGUACUACCCCGUCGAUCACUAAGGAUAACGUGCUUGAUGGUCAAAUUCCUAAACGAUUUGUUGUUGGAUUGGUAAGAGCUUCUGCAGUCAAUGGACACUUGAAACAAAAUCCUUUUGAGUUUAAGCUGUUUGGGAUGUCUUCGAUUGGUGUUUAUAUCGACGAUGAACACGCUGGAGGAAAACUGAUGAAGCUAAAAUUAACAGCAAACGGGGGCCACUUCAUUGAAGCAUAUCAAACUCUUUUUACGGGAACGGGAAAAUUUCGUCUAGAUAAUGGAAACUCUAUUACUAGAUCAGAUUACUAUCAAGGGUAUGGUCUAUUUGUCGUUGACCUCACACCCGAUGGAUGUGACUCCCCCGAACUCUUGACUUUAAGACAAAAAGGAAACCUAACUUUAGAAAUCGUAUUCGAUAGGGCACUGACUGAAGCUAUAAAUUUGUUUUGCUAUGCAGAAUUCGAUAACAUAUAA